AUGGACCUGCCUGCUCGCACGAUGCCAGCCACGCGCGAUGUCCUGAUCGAGGUCGAGGCGGAGCUGGUCUUGCUUGCAGUCGUGGGCGGACUCUUCGGCUACUUCCUCGUCGAGCUGGCGACCUACUGGGACCGCUUCGGCUCGCGGGACCACCUUCGCUUCCGCAUCCUGGCCAUCUGGCUUGCUCUCGCCGAGUUGAUGUACUUUGCGAUCCAUGUCGCGAGCACCUAUACCGCCGCAGUCAGUCUGGUCCAGGGAGGAGACGGGCUGCGACCGUCCAUCCUCUCCAUAUGGUCUAUCGUGAUCACCACUCUACUCGAGGCUACGAUCGAAGGCUUCUUCGUCUUCCGCCUUUGGCUCGUGACGCGGAAACGCUGGGUUCGCAGCAUCUCCGCCUUCCUCUGGGCCUUCUCCUUCUCCGCGCACGCCGUUUGGGUCGGCAUCGCUGGUAGGCAUGGCCGCUCAAACAUAACCAGCGACCCAAAGCAGCUCGUCUGCGUGCAGAUUGCCUUCUGGGGCUGCUUCGUCUCGGGAUGCUUGCUGUACGAGCUGCAGUUCGCCGAGGACCGCAAGAUCAUCCGCAGGAGCAACAGCGCGAUCGGCCAGCUCGUCAGUCUAGCGAUGCGGACGUCAGGGAUCCUCGUCGUCUUCGAGCUGCUCGUUGCGGUCGCAGUAUCGAUCACUCGGCAGCCUGAGCACGCUCUCGUCACCGAAGUGCAGUAUGCAGCCACUAUCUACACGAUUCUCGGCGCCAUCAUCAUCCUCUUCACCCUCAACUGGCGCUCUACAAUCCGAGAUCCAAGCAGGAGCACAGGCGUUCCCGGCAAAAUGACGAUGGCGAACUUUCAGAUGGGCAUGCAGACGCAGGCACCAGCGGACGUUCCGAGCUUUGUAAGACCUAGCCUAAUAGGGGAGCUCGAGCAGAAGCAGACGCCGCCGAAGGAGGUGCCGGAGGGUAGCAAUGCGGAGGUGUCCAUCGGACAGAUGCUGCGUUGA